AUGCAGGAAGAAAGAGUUAAAGAGAAUCUCGGGGAGAUUCUGCUUGGGAACCGCAUUUUACCUUCCAAUUAUUACGUGAGGGUCGACAAGAAUGAGUCCUGUCAGGUGGUCUGUACAGCGAAGUACGAGAAGCAUGAAAUGAAACAUCUCACAAGGCUUAUUGAGCAAUACUACCGUGCACACAUGUUUCUCUCUGGCCUCCCGCUGGUAGAAAGGCCUCGUCCAGGCUCAGCAAUUCAGCGCCUGCGUCUUGGUUAUCUUCUUGGAGUGUCAAACAAGCUCAGUCCAUUACCAAAAACAAUAAUAUAUAACCAUUUGCAUUUUACAGUGACAUACGUGCCAUUGGGAACUGGAGAAUACUCCAUCACUGGUUUUUAUGUUACUCCAAGUUCAGCAGCUAAUCCCACAGGCUGCCCUACUUCGUCUGACCGUUCCGUUAGUGACGUAUCUUUCCCCGUUACAGCAGAUGCCGAAGAUAUUACGUACACUUACUCUGUUUCGUGGGAGGUUGGAGAUGAUGAUGGUUUGCUUAUGACUCGGUGGGACGUGUACGCGCGUGCAGGAAGGUCUGCAAGGAAACGUGGACACUGGAUGGCAAUUCUUAAUUCGCUUGUGCUCCUCAGUUUCUUGGGAACUCUCGUUCUUAUUGUGCUGGCGCGGACUGUUCGCAAGGAUCUGUUGGUGUAUGCCGACGCAGAUAUGGCUGGUGAGGUUCAGGAAGAGUCUGGGUGGAAGCUUAUGCGUGGGGAUGUGUUCCGGUGCCCCCCACACGCCUUACUCCUCACCGCUUUUGUCUCAACAGGUUGCCAAUUAAUGCUAAUGGGUGCAGUGACAGUGUUUUUCGCCAUUAUUGGUGUUCUCCACCCAUCGCAGCGGGGUAAUCUUCUAACAGGACUCAUCCUGUUCUUCUGCUGUGCAAGCUGUUUAUCUGGCUACGUUGCGGGGAGAUUGCUUAAGUUCUUCCGCAAACAAAGUUGGAAGAAUGGCUUUGCUGCAGUUACUCUGAUUCCUGCAUCGAUUGUGCUGGGUUACCUUGCUAUCAGCUUGAUUAACUGGACGAAGCAUGCAAGUACAGCCAUCCCAUUCGGAACGCUUUUGGGUAUUCUCUUCUUGUGGAUUGCCGUUCCUAUCCCCCUUGCGUUUGUUGGGCUGUCUGCCGGGUUUCACGCGGAGGUGCUGGAGGCUCCAUGUAAGGUUGGUAGCAUUCCGCGCAUUGUUCCUGAACACAGCGUGAGCAAAAGGUAUAUGUACGUGCUUGGGGGUGGGCUUGUCCCUUUUACUGCUGCCUUUGUGGAAGUUGUGUACAUCCUCGGCUCCUUCUGGAAGGGUGAGCCUUUCCAUUACCUCGGCUACCUUGCUUGCAUCGCAAUUGUUAUUGGCUUUAUUUGCGCAGAGGUGGCGGUCGUUGCCACGUACGCUAUGCUGUCUGAAGAAGAUUACCAGUGGUGGUGGGGAAGCUUCCUUACCUCAGGUAGUUGUGGUUUGUACUUCUUUACGUACAGCAUCGUGUACUUAUAUACAGCCUUGGAGAUCCGUCAGUUGCUUUCACUGUUUCUUUUUUGUGCAUACACGCUUGGCAUCUCCGUUCUCCUUGGACUCUUGAUGGGUACAAUGGGAUUUCUCGCAUCUGCUGUGUUCGUCAAAACCAUAUACGGAGCAAUUAAAGCUGAUUGA